AUGACCGAUGCUAAAAAUGAUGUGAACGGAUCUUCAAUGGUCGACGCCGACGGCUUGAUCGAGGGAAACUACGAUCAAGUCGUCGAAUCUUUCGACGAUAUGGAGUUGAAAGAAGAACUUCUUCGCGGAAUCUACGGAUUCGGUUUCGAAAAGCCAUCUGCUAUCCAGAAGAGAGCUAUUGUUCCAUGCACAACUGGAAAGGACGUGAUCGCUCAAGCGCAGUCCGGAACUGGAAAGACUGCUACUUUCUCGGUUUCGAUUCUCCAAAGAAUCGAUCAUUCUGAUCCACAUGUCCAGGCUCUCGUCAUGGCUCCAACUAGAGAGUUGGCUCAGCAGAUCCAAAAGGUCAUGAGCGCUCUUGGAGAGUACCUCAAUGUGAAUAUCCUUCCAUGUAUUGGAGGAACCAGCGUUCGUGACGAUCAACGCAAGCUUGAGAACGGAAUUCACGUUGUCGUAGGAACUCCAGGACGUGUCGGAGACAUGAUCAACAGAAACGCUUUGGAUACAUCUCGCAUCAAGAUGUUCGUUCUUGAUGAGGCCGACGAAAUGCUCUCUCGCGGUUUCAAAGACCAAAUCUACGACGUUUUCCGUUCCAUGCCACAAGACGUCCAAGUCGUUCUUCUCUCGGCUACUAUGCCAGCAGAGGUUCUCGAUGUUACUGAUCGCUUCAUGCGUAAUCCAAUUCGCAUUCUUGUCAAGAAGGAUGAACUCACCUUGGAAGGUAUCAGACAGUUCUACAUUAAUGUCCAGAAAGACGAGUGGAAGUUCGAUUGUCUCUGUGAUCUCUACAACGUUGUCAAUGUUACUCAAGCUGUCAUCUUCUGUAACACUCGCAGGAAGGUAGACCAACUCACGGAACAGAUGACUAGCAAGCAAUUCACUGUUUCCUGCCUUCACGGAGACAUGGAUCAAGCUGAGCGUGACACUAUCAUGCGCGAAUUCCGCUCCGGAUCUUCUCGCGUCCUUAUCACCACUGACAUUUUAGCUCGUGGUAUUGAUGUCCAACAGGUUUCGCUCGUUAUCAACUACGAUCUCCCGUCCAAUCGUGAGAACUACAUCCAUCGUAUCGGACGUUCGGGACGUUUCGGUCGUAAGGGAGUUGCGAUCAACUUCGUGACUGAAAACGAUGCUCGUCAGCUCAAGGAGAUCGAGACAUACUACACGACUCAAAUCGAAGAAAUGCCGGAGUCGAUCGCCGACCUCAUCUAA